CCCUCCUCUUUCUCUCUCCUUCAACCAACCCCCUCUGCCAUGUCCGAAACCAAGACAACUCCCACCACCACCAGAAAGAAGAAAAGAAAAAGACACCUUUGAAACGUCCACAACAACAACCACAGCAACAACAACAACAACAGCUGUUGUAGCGAAACGCAUACAGAUUCUUUCUCUACAGAAACAAUCCCAUGGGAAACAUCUGCACCUGCGUCCAUCUACAAGAAGAAAAAGACUCCCGCCAUCGCAGAAACAAAAACAACAGCAAUGACAACAAAAGGCGCCACCACAACAGAAAGCGCCACAACCACAACAGGGAGCGUCGGCCGAACCCUUUCUCAGAGGACCCAAGUAGUUACUCUCCAGUCGGAGGCCCGCUUCGGGUCCUGAAGGACGUGGUCCCCUUCUCCCACCGGACCCGAAUAACUGACAAGUACGUCCUCGGCCACGAGCUCGGCCGCGGCGAGUUCGGCAUCACCUACCUCUGCACCGACCGUGAGACCCGAGAAGCCCUCGCCUGCAAAUCUAUCUCCAAGAGGAAGCUCCGAACCGCCAUCGAUGUCGAGGACGUCCGUCGCGAGGUCGCGAUCAUGUCGUCCAUCCCCGACCAUCCCAACGUUGUCCGAUUGCGGGCUACCUACGAGGACGCUGACAACGUCCACCUCGUCAUGGAGCUCUGCGAAGGCGGGGAGCUUUUUGAUCGGAUCGUUGCCCGCGGCCACUACAGCGAGCGGGCUGCCGCAGCCGUUGCCAGGACUGUCGCUGAGGUCGUGAGGAUGUGCCACGACCAUGGGGUGAUGCAUCGGGACCUCAAGCCGGAGAAUUUCCUGUUUGCAAACAAGCGUGAGAACGCGCCGCUCAAGGCCAUUGAUUUCGGGCUCUCUGUCUUCUUCCGUCCAGGUGAGCGGUUUUCAGAGAUAGUAGGAAGUCCAUAUUACAUGGCGCCGGAGGUGCUGAAGCGGAAUUACGGACCGGAAGUUGAUAUAUGGAGCUCGGGCGUGAUCCUGUAUAUUCUGCUUUGUGGGGUUCCUCCGUUUUGGGCUGAGACCGAGCAGGGUGUUGCGCAGGCCAUUCUUCGUGGAGUUAUUGAUUUCAAGAGGGAUCCUUGGCCCAAGGUGUCCGACGGCGCAAAGAGUCUUGUUCGGCAGAUGUUAGAGCCAGACCCGAGGCGUCGGUUAACUGCUCAACAGGUGCUUGAACAUUCCUGGCUACAAAAUGCCAAGAAAGCUCCGAAUGUCCCAUUGGGAGAUAUUGUGAGGGCAAGGCUCAAACAGUUCUCUGUGAUGAAUAGAUUCAAAAAGAAAGCUGUUCGGGUAAUUGCAGAGCACUUGUCACUUAAAGAAGUAGAAGUCAUCAGAGACAUGUUUAAACUUAUGGACACUGACAAUAAUGGUAAAAUAACGUUCGAGGAAUUGAAGGCUGGCCUUCAAAAGGUUGGGUCCCAACUGGGCGAGCCGGAGAUGCAAAUGUUGAUGGAAGCAGCCGAUGUUGAUGGAAAUGGCACAUUGGACUAUGGAGAGUUUGUUGCUGUUACAAUUCACUUACAGAAGAUGGAAAAUGACGAGCAUUUCCGCAGAGCUUUUUUGUUCUUCGAUACAGAUGGCAGUGGCUACAUAGAAAUGGAUGAAUUGAGAGAGGCUUUAAUGGAUGAAUCUGGCCAAACUGACAGUGAAGUAUUAAACGACAUCAUGCGUGAGGUGGACACAGACAAGGAUGGCCGCAUCAGUUAUGAUGAGUUUGUUACAAUGAUGAAAGCUGGCACUGAUUGGAGAAAGGCAUCUCGGCAUUAUUCAAGAGAGAGGUUCAAAAGCCUUAGCAUUAACCUCAUGAAGGAUGGCUCCCUGAAGAUGGGUGAUGACGGCAAUAGUUAAGGUACCGCCCAGCCAUGUGUUCUCUAAUAUUAUGUUGGAUAAUCUGCUGCUGAACACGAAGUAGUUUUCCUUCAUCGUCAGCUGGGCAUGCUUGAUAUUUCACUGCAUGAUAUCAUUCAGGGAGGUACUGGUUGGGGAAUUUCUGUCAUUGAGUGAACUUGGGUUGGGGGCAGGUGAGUGAUUAAGGGUAUUUUUGGAUGGAAAUUGCUUUUGGAUGCUUGGUUUUGAAGGAUUUCGGACUGGCUUAGAGAUGCCAUAGCAUUCUUGGUUUUUCGAGAGAAUUGAGAAUUUCUGUGACAUUAUUUUUCCAAUUUGUAUCAAUUUUACUGUAAAGCUUCUCAGUCAUUUUGUUCAAGUUGCCUAUA